AUGUUCGGCUUUAUGUCGAAACCUAAGACGCCAGCCGAGAUUGUACGAGCGCUCGCGGAUGGGCUGCAGUCGCUUCCUCGAGAUGAUAAGAGUGCAGAGGAGGUGCUGAAGAGCCUCGUGACAGUGCGAGUGCUGCUCAUAGGCGACCUGGACGCGCCGCCCAAUAAAGAGGCUGUGGCGGCGGCUGUAGCGGAGUCGGUCAAGUGUGACCUGCUGCCGCUGCUGGUGUCGCGUCUGCCUGUCUUUGACUGGGAGGCUCGCAAGGAGAUGGUGCUGGUGUGGACGUACCUCCUUGCACACGGGGGGAAGAGACGACGACCAAAGGCGGAUGAGGAGGAGGAGGAUGAGGAGGAGGAGGAGGAGGGAGGGGAGGGCGGGGGAGCACAGAAGGGAGCGCCUCAGGAGGAAGAGGAGGAGGAGGGACCGGCAGUGGCGUUGGAGUUUGUGGAGAGGCAUACGGAGCUGGUAGAUAAGCUUGUACGCGGCUACAAGCAGAAGGACAUUGCUCAGAAUUCGGGCCUCAUGCUGAGGGAAUGCCUGCGCUCACCUAAACUUGUCAGCCACACGCUGCAGUUCUCGAAUCUGGAUGUCAUCAUGGGCGGCUGUGACUUGCAGAACUUUGACAUUGCCUCUGACGCUUUCCUCACCCUCAAGGACCUGUUGAAGCAACAUCCGGCUGUGGCAGCAGAGUUUCUGAUGACCAACUUCGAGGAUUUCUUCAAGCGCUUUGAUCUGCUGCUCAACUCGGACAACUAUGUGACGAGACGACAAGCAAUCAAGCUUUUGGGCGAGCUAUUGUUGGACCGGGCCAACAUGCAAGUGAUGAUGCGAUACAUUGGAGAGGCACACAAUUUCAAGAUUAUGAUGACUCUCAUUAAGGUAAUCAUUUUGUCAGAAGAACACACAUGGGCUGCCCAACCAAGGCUUUCACUGCUUCCCUGCCUGCUGGUUCCCUGUUUCUCCAUCAUUGCUGUCCCCUCCAUCAUUGCUGUCCCCUCCAUCAUUGCUGUCCCCUCCAUCAUUGCUGUCCCCUCCAUCAUUGCUGUCCCCUCCAUCAUUGCUGUCCCCUCCAUCAUUGCAGUCCCCUUCAUCAUUGCUGUCCCCUCCAUCAUUGCUGUCCCCUCCAUCAUUGCUGUCCCCUCCAUCAUUGCUGUCCCCUCCAUCAUUGCUGUCCCCUCCAUCAUUGCUGUCCAUCGUUGCUGUCCAUCGUUGCUGUCCAUCGUUGCUGUCCAUCGUUGCUGUCCAUCGUUGCUGUCCAUCGUUGCUGUCCAUCGUUGCUGUCCAUCGUUGCUGUCCAUCGUUGCUGUCCAUCGUUGCUGUCCAUCGUUGCUGUCCAUCGUUGCUGUCCAUCGUUGCUGUCCAUCGUUGCUGUCCAUCAUUGCUGUCCAUCAUUGCUGUCCAGCACGCACGUUUCCUGCAUGGCCCCUUCCGUUCUGUGUCAACACACGGAAGCCCGAGAAGAUUGUGAAGCUGCUGGCUCGCAACAAGGAGAAGAUGGUCAAAUUCCUCAAGGACUUUGAGAUUGACAAAGGUGCGUGGUUGAGUGUGUGCUUAACGUGGCGUGUGCUUGAGUUGGUGGUGUUUAGGAUGGUGUGGGUUAAGGAGGUGCGCGGAAACACUCUGCUGGUGCGCAACAAGGAGAAGAUGGUGAAGUUUCUCAAGGACUUUGAGAUCGACAAAGGUCCGUGUGCGAAGGUGGUGCGCAUUUAA